UCCAUCGUCUGUACCAGGGCACAGCGGCACCCAUCGUUCUCGCUAGGAGUUUAGGGCUGCAGUUGGUGAAUGCUGUUCCGCAGAUCAAGAAAAUGCUGAUGGAACAGGCUGCAGGAGGGAUCGUUAAAUGAUCUAUUCGGCUCAAUGAGGUUAACUGGUACCUUGAGUUGAAUCGUCUGUGUCGCUCGAUCGUACUGUCCGAUGUUACGACGUCGUAUUUGCGUAAUACGAAUUUAUAACCAUCACUUUGUAGAUUUUACUAGAAGACUGCUGAAAACUGUUGCUAUUGGUACACUCGGGCUAGGUACUCUGGCAUCCCUCAGAGCUAAUGAAUAUGAUAUCGGAGCCAUUGGAAUCGUGCGACUGGGUCGGGCUGCGAUCACAGUAUUUGAAAUAGGCCGCCACUAUCAGAAGGAACUAUACAACAGUAAAUUAGAUAAGGUAUCAGCAGAAUAUUUGCAACUGAAGUCAAAUGCUCACAAAUAUGGAGCCCAGAAACUACUGGAGCUUUGCUGCGCCAACAAGGGAGUUUAUAUCAAAGUUGGCCAGCAUAUAGGUGCAUUGGAUUAUCUUCUACCUCAGGAAUAUGUACAUACCUUGCGUGUACUACACAGUUCGGCGCCACAAUCCUCAUUCAAAGAUGUGCUAACAGUGAUCAAAGAAGACUUUAAGAAAGAUCCAUACGAGAUAUUCCAGAGUAUUGACCCAGAGCCUUUGGGUACUGCUAGUCUCGCGCAGGUGCAUAAGGCGGUGUUAAAGAACGGCGAUGUGGUGGCUGUAAAAGUUCAGCAUCGAGCCGUCAAGAGCAACUCCUACGUCGACAUCAAGACAAUGUCAGCGUUAGUAAAGAUCACGUCACUGGUGUUCCCAGACUUCAAGUUCGACUGGCUCGUGGACGAGACGAAAAAGAAUAUUCCACAGGAGCUGAAUUUCAGUCACGAGGGCAAAAACGCCGAGAAAGUGAGCAAGCUCUUCGCCAGCUAUCGAUGGUUGCUAAUACCGAGGAUAUAUUGGGACGUGACGACGUCGCGCGUGCUCACGAUGGAGUUUCUGGAGGGCGGUCAGGUGAACGACCUCGAGUACAUGCGCGCACAUCGCUUGAACCCGUAUGAAGUCAGCAGCAAGCUCGGCCGUCUCUAUAGCCACAUGAUUUUCAUCGAUGGCUUCGUACACUCGGAUCCGCAUCCCGGCAACAUCUUGGUGCGUAACCACGACUCACAGGCAGAGAUCGUGCUGUUGGAUCAUGGUUUAUAUGCCAAUCUGUCCGACGAGUUUCGCUGGGACUACUCGAAGCUAUGGCUGGCGAUCUUGGACGGCGACCAAGCGACGAUGAAGAAGUACUGCACACAGCUCGGUGUCGGCGACUACUACGGCCUGCUGGUUUGUAUGGUGUCGGGCAGAACAUGGGACACCAUUGUGGCCGGCGUGCGUAAGAGCAAAUACGACCCAACGGAGAAGGAGCAGUUCCAAAAGAACAUUCCGAAUUUCUUGCCACAAAUCAGCACCGUACUGAAUCGAGUGAAUCGACAAAUGCUGCUAAUUCUCAAGACCAACGAUCUGGUGCGCGGUAUCGAGUACUCGCUGCAUACCCAGGCCAGAAUGUCAGCGAUGAUGGAGAUGUCCAGGUGCUGCGUACGCUCCGUGUACGGCGAGAAGCUGAGGCAAUGUUCAAGCAAGUGGGACAAAUGUCAAGUGUUAUUGUUAGAACGCUGGACACUUUUCAAGCUGUCUGUUUACUAUGUGUACUUAGGCCUGCUGCAAUUCAAUUUGAACAAUGCAGUCAAUUCCCUGUGGACAAAUGAUUUCUAUCCGUUCUAACAAAAUCUCUCUCUAAAUUAUAAAUACGUUUCGUUUUUUAACAAGAUGAUUGUAUGGAUUUAUAUCUCUCAUAAAUUCUGUUCUUCUCAACUAUCGUUUUUACAAUCUUUCUAUGCAUUUUUUAGCAUAUUCCAAUGUUGAAAAGAACAGACUCUUGGAUGAUACGCACAAUAAUGCGGUGAUCUCGUCUUCGAUUCUGUACAUAGUAAUUCGUUUUGCUACUCGUUUGAUCCAUUGUGUGUUUACUUGUUGAUUGAAUUAAAUUAAAAAAUAAUUAAAAUAAUUAAAGAUAACCGUCAAGAUUGUAUAAACUUAAUAAAGAUAAUUUUGUAAUUAAUA